AUGGAAAAAAUUUGUGAAAUUGUACCUUCUCAAAAAGGAAUAAAUAAGAUUAAUAUCUGUGAUUAUUUGCUAAAAUUUAAUGAUCAUAAUCAUGCACCACAAGCCAGUAGUGCUGAAGUUGCAAGAAGUAUUGCUUUUAUAAGAGAUAGAGUUUAUAAAACCAAUGACCAACUGGCUCAAAUAAUCCAAAAACCAUCAUUAAUAUCCCAAAGGAAAUCUAUCCUUAUAUUAUCACAUAAUGCUUUCCUUGAUGAUAUUGAUAUUCCUGAUUCACUUAGUUCUACAUCAAGUAGAGAAGAUUUUUUAGUAAAAGAUUCUGUAAUUGAAGAUGAACGAAUUCUCUUGUUUACUACAAAAGCAAAUAUACAACACUUAUCUAGAUCAUCAUACUGGAUGAUGGAUAGCACCUUCAAAACUAUCCUGACUAUUUUUCGUCAAUUGUACACAAUCCAUGCUCCUAUCAAAGUAGGAAAAGACUCAAGAGUUCUCCCUCUUGUAUAUGCAUUGAUGACAAAAAAGUCUAAAGAAUUAUAUAGGGCACUAUUUCAAGAUUUAAUUAAAUUUGCCAAAGAAAAUAAUAUUUUAUUAAGGCCCACAAUUAUUCUUACAAACUUUGAACUUGCUGCAAUCAAUGCAUCACGUAUUGAGUUUUCUAAUAUUAACAAUAAGGUUUCACUUAGGACAAACAUUCUUACAGUUCCUGCAGCAUUUGAUGCUUUAAAGAAGGAUAUACCCACAAAUGCCUAG